CUGCAUUGGAGAGAAGACAGAGAAGCAGGACAGAGGGCCCAGACUGUAGCCAACCGAGAGAAGACUAACUCGCUCCUGCCAGGCUCGCCAGCUGUGACAACAGCUGUGGAGGAGAGAAAGGGGGAGCGCCCUAUUCUUCUGUCCCAUUUCCCACCCCUGGUGUGGGAUUUGGGGGACCUCUGGGGCAGACUUCUGCCCAGUCUCAUUUCUGGGAAGAACCUGAAUUCAGGAGCUGAGACCACUGUCCCCUAUCCCGGCCUCCCCACUUCUCGGGCCACAGCCCCUCUGUGACCCCGCCAGAGGGUCCAGCUCCGCGGAGAUGCCAGCAGCUCGUCGGUUCCCUGGCCUAGAGCUCUCCUUCCCUCUUCUGGCCAGACUCCGGCGGAGACUGUACACAAGGCUGGGGAGCAGCAGCAUGCAGCCGGAGGAGGGCACAGGCUGGCUGCUGGAGCUGCUGUCCGAGGUGCAGCUGCAACAGUAUUUCCUGCGGCUCCGUGACGACCUCAACGUUACCCGCCUGUCCCACUUUGAGUACGUCAAGAAUGAGGACCUGGAGAAGAUUGGCAUGGGCCGGCCUGGCCAGCGGCGGCUGUGGGAGGCUGUGAAGAGGCGCAAGGCUGCAUGCAAACGCAGGUCCUGGAUGAGCAAGGUGUUCAGUGGAAAGCGGCUGGAGGCUGAGUUCCCCCCUCAUCACUCUCAGAGCACCUUCCGGAAGACCUCGCCCACCCCGGGAGGCCCAGCAGGGGAGGGGUCCCUGCAGAGCCUCACCUGCCUCAUUGGGGAGAAGGACCUGCAUCUCUUCGAGAAGCUAGGAGAUGGCUCCUUUGGCGUGGUGCGCAGGGGCGAGUGGGACGCCCCGUCGGGGAAGACGGUGAGUGUAGCUGUGAAGUGCCUGAAGCCCGAUGUGCUGAGCCAGCCAGAGGCCAUGGAUGACUUUAUUCGGGAGGUCAACGCCAUGCACUCGCUUGACCACCGAAACCUGAUUCGCCUCUACGGUGUGGUGCUCACACCACCCAUGAAGAUGGUGACAGAGCUGGCACCUCUGGGAUCGUUGUUGGACCGGCUGCGCAAGCACCAGGGCCACUUCCUCCUGGGUACUCUGAGUCGUUAUGCUGUGCAGGUGGCUGAGGGCAUGGGCUACCUGGAGUCCAAGCGCUUUAUUCACCGUGACCUGGCCGCCCGCAACCUGCUGUUGGCCACCCGUGACCUGGUCAAGAUCGGGGACUUCGGGCUGAUGCGAGCACUACCCCAGAAUGACGACCACUACGUCAUGCAGGAGCAUCGCAAGGUGCCCUUCGCCUGGUGUGCCCCUGAGAGCCUGAAGACUCGCACCUUCUCCCACGCUAGCGACACCUGGAUGUUUGGGGUAACGCUGUGGGAGAUGUUUACCUACGGCCAGGAGCCCUGGAUUGGCCUCAAUGGCAGUCAGAUCCUGCAUAAGAUUGACAAAGAAGGGGAGCGUCUGCCCCGGCCUGAGGACUGCCCCCAGGACGUCUACAAUGUCAUGGUCCAGUGCUGGGCUCACAAGCCGGAGGACAGACCCACCUUUGUGGCCCUGAGGGACUUCCUGCUGGAGGCACAGCCCACGGAUAUGCGGGCCCUUCAGGACUUUGAGGAACCGGACAAGCUGCAUAUCCAGAUGAACGACGUCAUAACCGUCAUCGAGGGGAGGGCUGAGAAUUACUGGUGGCGUGGGCAGAACACGCGGACGCUGUGCGUGGGGCCCUUCCCUCGCAACGUGGUGACCUCCGUGGCUGGCCUUUCAGCCCAGGACAUCAGCCAGCCCUUGCAGAAUAGCUUCAUCCACACAGGGCAUGGCGACAGCGACCCCCGCCACUGCUGGGGCUUUCCCGACAAGAUUGAUGAACUCUAUCUGGGAAACCCCAUGGACCCUCCCGACCUGCUGAGCGUGGAACUAAGCACCUCCAGACCCCCCCAGCACCUGGGCAGGGUGAAAAGGGAGCCUCCACCUCGCCCUCCUCAGCCUGCCAUCUUCACUCAGAAACCAACCUACGACCCUGUGAGUGAAGACCAAGACCCCCUGUCAAGUGACUUGAAGAGGCUGAGCCUGCAGAAGCCAGGGCUGCCCCGUGGGCUGUGGCUAGCGAAGCCCUCAGCCCGGGUGCCGGGUACCAAGGCAGGCCGUGGCAGCGGUGAGAUCACGCUCAUUGACUUCAGCGAGGAGCCUGUGGCCCCGGCCCCUCGCCCCUGUGCACCCUCACUGGCGCAGCUGGCCAUGGACGCCUGUUCCUUGCUGGAUAAGACCCCGCCGCAGAGCCCCACGCGGGCACUGCCCCGGCCCCUGCAUCCCACGCCUGUGGUGGACUGGGAUGCACGCCCGCUGCCCCCACCUCCCACCUAUGAUGACGUGGCCCAAGAUGAGGAUGACUUUGAGGUCUGCUCCAUCAACAGCACCCUGGUGGGUGCAGAGGUCUCUGCUGGGUCCAGCCAGGGUGAGACCAAUUACGCCUUCGUGCCUGAGCCGGCACGGCUUCUCCCUCCCCUGGAGGACAAUCUGUUCCUCCCACCCCAGGGUGGGGGCAAGCCACCCAACUCAGCCCAGACAGCAGAGAUCUUCCAGGCACUGCAGCAGGAGUGCAUGCGGCAGCUACAGGUCCCUGCCAGCUCUCUGGUCCCCUUGCCCAGCCCUGGGGCUGAUGACAAGCCCCAGGUGCCCCCUCGGGUACCCAUCCCCCCAAGACCCACACGCCCUCGUGGUGAGCUGUCUCCAGCCCCCUCAACUGAGGAGGAGAUGGGGCGGUGGCCUGGACCUGCCUCCCCUCCCCGGGUGCCUCCGCGGGAGCCCCUGUCCCCACAAGGCUCAAGGACCCCUAGUCCCCUGGUGCCACCUGGCAGCUCCCCGCUGCCACCCCGGCUCUCAAGCUCACCUGGGAAGACCAUGCCCACCACCCAAAGCUUUGCCUCAGACCCCAAGUAUGCCACACCCCAGGUGAUCCAGGCACCUGGCCCCCGGGCCGGCCCCUGCAUCUUACCCAUUGUCCGAGAUGGCAAGAAGGUCAGCAGCACCCACUACUACCUGCUACCUGAGCGCCCACCCUACCUGGAGCGCUACCAGCGCUUCUUACGUGAGGCCCAGAGCCCUGAAGAGGCAGACCCGAUGCCUGUGCCCCUGCUGCUGCCCCCUCCCAGCACCCCAGCCCCUGCUGCCCCCACUGCCACUGUUCGACCAAUGCCACAGGCAGCCCCGGACCCCAAGGCCAACUUCUCCACCAACAACAGCAACCCAGGGGCCCGGCCACCAGCCCUGAGGGCCACUGCUCGUCUGCCACAGAGGGUCUGCCCCGGGGAAGGGCCAGAGGCUGGAUGCCCAGCAGACAAGAUCCAGAUGCUACAGGCCAUGGUGCAUGGGGUGACCACAGAGGAGUGCCAGGCGGCCUUGCAGAGCCACAGCUGGAGCGUGCAGAGGGCUGCCCAGUAUCUGAAGGUGGAGCAGCUCUUUGGGUUGGGUCUGCGGCCCCGAGGCGAGUGCCACAAAGUGCUGGAGAUGUUCGACUGGAACCUGGAGCAGGCGGGCUGUCACCUGCUGGGCUCCUGCGGCUCCGCCCACCACAAGUGAGCAGCCCCACCCUCCACAAGCGCUGAGAUAUCUGGAAAGCCAGAGGGUCUCUGCCCUGAAGAAAUCACUUGAGCCUGUCCAUCUCACAAGGGCAGGGAGAUGCCCUGCCUAGGUCUGGAGGACCUGCUGUACCUGCUGCUCCCAGUGGCAGAGUGAGGCUAAGGCAGCAGGAGGCUGGGAACCCUGCCUUGCCUGUCCCUUCCUCACCUGGCGCUGUCCCUACAACCUCAGAGCCCUCAGUGCCCCCCUGCUGAGGUACAAGAAGGAGCCUCUAGAAGGCAGGCCUGGGGGCAGCCUCAGCAGACCCUGCAGCUGACCUGCCUCUGGCUUCAGUCCCCUGGUGGGGUCUGUGGCUGGAGUAUGUCACCAAGCCCUGCUGGCGAGGAAGCCAGGCUUGAUCCGGGGCAAGAAGGAUGUGUUGGCCACACAGAAAGGUGGGCCAGUACCAGGCCCAGGGCUGGGCCUUUUCCAGGGAGCCCCUGGCAGGCAGAGGGGUUGUCAGACAGAAUGUGACUUGUGGCCUAACUAUGGACAUGGUAUGGGAUUGGUAUGGCUGGUUUUAGGAUCUUGUGCCUGGCGAUAGCCUGAGGUGGCUCAGGUAACAGAGAAAGGGUGCCAGAUCAUUCUCUGGCAGGGACCAGGGCCCAAGGCCCCAGGGUUGGAAGGAGACCAAGGGGGCAGCUGCCCCAGAGGGACACCAGUGCUUCCUCUUGACUCAGCUUUUCCCCUGUGCUGUUACAUGUUUUCCCACCAGUCUUUGUCGCCAAAGUUGCUGCCCCAGCCAUGAAUAUCUGCUUCUCCCAGAGAAAUAAAGUUAGUUUCUAUUUUAUGUUA